CAUAUACAGGCUACGCCUAGAUCCUUUUUCAGAACGAACUCUUAAAAAUGUGAACCUAAUGGAAUCUUCAUUUGAUUAUUUAUUGCUUUUAAUUCUUCCUAUGGAUGUAUUUUUGUUACUGAAAAUGUGAAGGAACUUGUGAACUACACCUGAGACCAGAGAAUGGAUACUGGAGAGUUUAAAUGUUUUUUCUCACGCAUGUUUAGCUGUAUUCUGUUGAGUUUUUGAGAAGUUCAGAAAAAUGAUUCACAGCGCAUCUUUCUUUGGUCUGUUUUUCAUGCUGUUGAAUGGUGUGUUUGGUGACACAGAUAGAGUGAAGUCAGUGUCAGUGAUGGAGGGAGAUUCAGUCUCUCUAAACACUGAUGUUACUGAAGUACAGAGAGAUGAUCAUAUACUGUGGAUGUUUGGACCUCAAGAAGUGCGUAUAGCUGAAAUUCACAGACAGAACAUCUAUAUAGAUGCCACUGGUAUGAUAUUUGAGAAAAUACUCCAGAUGGACAGUCAAACUGGAUCUCUGACCAUCAGAAACAUCAGAUCUGAACACACUGGACUUUAUAAACUACUGAUCAUCAGAAGAGGAACUUUAUACAAGAGAUUUAUUGUUACUGUCUACGCUCCUCUCCCUGUUCCUGCCAUCACCAGAGACUCUUCAGACUGUUCAUCAUCAUCAGUGUCCAGAUGUUCAUUGCUGUGUUCAGCUGUGAAUGUGGGUCAUGUGACUCUCUCCUGGUACAAAGGAAACAGUUUAUUGUCCAGCAUCAGUGUGUCUGAUCUCAGCAUCAGUCUCUCUCUACCUCUGGAGGUGGAAUAUCAGGAUAAAAACACCUACAGCUGUGUGAUCAACAAUCCCAUCAGAAACCAGACCAAACAUCUGGACAACACUCAACUCUGUCAGACAUGUGCAGGCCAACAUUCAAGUUUCAUGAUGGCAGUAGCUUUUAUAGCGCUGCUGGUGGUAAUAGCUGUAAUUGCAGAUCUGAAAAUCACAGAGUCUGAAUACACACAGAUCAUCUACUGUCUUCAGAUGAGAGAUCUGCCACAGAAAUCAUUGCUGGAUGUGGGCAGAACAGAGACAGCUGUGAACUAUCAACACAUUCAGUGA